CGUGAUGGCUCAGUUCACCAAGGCGUUGCACAAUGUCCGACAUGGUUGAAAUGUCUCCAGCGUCUCGCGACGAAUACAAAUACAUUCCCAUCGAACAGACCCAUUCAAUCCGACUUCUGGAGUUGCAACCCGCUACGUCGUGGCAAUCACCAAUCGAGGUCUCGCUCCGUGAAUACUCUCUUGACGCCUGUCCGGAAUUCGGAGCCUUGUCAUACACGUGGGCAACAGAAGAUGGGGACUCUUCUCUAUCGAAAUGUCUCGAGUGCGGCGGAGGCAUCAUCAAAAUCACCGCAAACUGUGAGGCGGCACUGGUGAGACUUCGCCAAUCUGAAGAAGUCCGCGUCCUCUGGGUCGACGCAAUCUGCAUCGACCAAUCCAACGACGCCGAAAAGAAUCUUCAGAUUACUUUGAUGCGUCAGAUCUACAGCCUAGCCACUUGGGUUGGCUUGUGGCUUGGCGAAGCAUCGACGGCGGUCGAUGAGCAGACUUCCAAACCACUUUCAGAGCUGGGAAUGACUUUCAUGCAUGAUUUCGCAGUCGAGAUUGCGGAAAGAAGCAAUUCUGGCCAGACUCCGUAUGGAGGAGAGCUGUAUCAAGAGUUCAUCGGGGAUCGAAGGGCGUUCCAAGAGCAGGGCAUGGAAGUUUUCACCCCCCGAGUUCAAGGAUUCUGGGACGUAUUGCACCGACCCUGGUGGGAACGCCUGUGGGUUGUUCAAGAAUUGGCUCUUUCACAAUCAGCCCAUCUCAUGUGCGGAGGUUCGUCCGAGUCAUGGCACAACCUCACGGUUGUUAUUGACGGACUGGUGAAAAGUGACGGCCAAUCGGUUGAGGUUUUCGAGUUCAUCGCCACUUUCAUCACGAGCGCCUUUCAUCAGAUUCACAUGGCUAGUUUCGUGGAUAGGAACCAACCAGACAGCAUUCCGUCUCAACCCCCGACUCCAGGGACAAGGGCUCUCGCCAUUCUUAAUGCCACUCGCAAUACGCGCGCGACUGACCCGCGGGACAAGAUAUACGGCAUCCUCGGCUUUUUUGGUGACGCAGAGUCUGAUCCAGAAAACAUAUUUCCUCUGCCAGACUACACGAAGACGGCGGCGGAGCUCUAUGCCGAUGUAUCUCGGUCGAUCAUUGCAAACACCUGCAGCCUGGAUGUCAUGAGCUCGUGUUACGGCUUUGUCAAGUCAGCCGUCCCCGACCUGCCGUCUUGGGCGGCGGCUUGGAAUGACACUCCACUCAAAUACUUCGACGAAGGUCCUUUCAACACUUCUAACGGGUCGUCUGCCAUAUACGAAGCUUCCGGGGACAGCUGGUCUCUGCUGAGGAUCAAAGGAAAGAGAGUCGACUCUGUCAAAUUCCCAAGCCCAACACCCGAUGAGAUUCACUACGACAACCAGAUCAUGACUCAACUAUGGCGUCAGUGGACCGAAUUGGCUUUUUCACUACCAUCCUACCCGACUGGUGAAGCCAUAGCAGAUGUCUUGCUUAACACGCUGUGCUGGGGAAGUAAUCUGGCACUGGACCGUCUAGCUCCAGGAGAGUACCGGGAAACAUUCGACGCCUGGCUCAAAAUUCUAAGAAGCCCAGAUACCUUGGAGGUCGCCUCGGAGAAGAUCUUCACGGACGAAACAGCCUACACAUACUCUCGGCGGAUUUCGUUUCUGACUUGGGCCCGGGUUUUGGGCACCACUACAAACUCAAAAUUAGCCCUGCUGCCCAUGUCGGCCGAGGUUGGCGAUGAAAUCGUCAUCUUUAAUGGCGGGAAAUUGCCAUUUGUGGUAAGAUCUGAAGGGGACAAUUUCAAGGUUGUAGGGCCUUGCUAUGUACACGGUAUCAUGGAUGGGGAGGCCUUUCCGAUGAAUGAGUCAGAAUCUGGAGAAUGGUUUAGUCUUUGCUAGGGAAUUGAAUAGUGCCUCGAGACUUGUAGUUGGAUACUUCCCUGCAAACUUCCUCGUGGCUUUGCCUAAAAAUGGUCAACUAGAACAGCCAUGCGAUAGCCUACUAUAGACAAUGUUGACAGCCACCACCGAAUAC